AUGCUAGAAUUUUCAUCAAUAACCAGCGCAGCUAUCUCCAGUAUUUUGCGUUAUGCCUUUCAACUUUCGGGCUUUAAUGUCAAUAAAUUAAGCAAAGACGAAAUGCCUAAUACUGUUCGCAUGUGUGGUAUUGCCGACUUUCAGCUGCAUCACCAAAAUCUACGACAUAUUAGUCGCAGCAAGAUUCCAGUACUUUUGGUUCACGGUAUUGAUGAUCAUCUAAUAGAGAACAAAAUCUUGAAUGAAAAUUGCCAAGCCCUUGGAUUAAAGACCUUGAAGGAAAUGGCCACGGAAAGUAUAGAACCAGACUCUCAAGAAAACAAUUCCGUACUGUAUGAUAUUAAAACCAAUCCAUUUCGACAGAUUGUAUUCAAAACGGGAGGCCAUUAUAUUCACAAAAUACAUGCAAGAUAUAUUGGAGAAGCUAUUUUACGAAUGCUAGAGAGAAAUAAUAAAGAAUGA